GGAGAAAUCAAUUCAAGAUCAAAUAUUCAUAAAAAAAAUAAUGAACGAUGAGUGAAAUAACUGUAUCAGAAUCUGUGAAUACUCAAAACGCUAUCGAUUCGAAAAUAAUGGGUAUUCUAAAUUCAACAAUACAUCAUCAUGAUCUAUUACAAAGUUACGUACGAGCCCCAGUAGAAAGCGCUUCAGGUUCAAGGCAAUUGGAAGAAUCGGAAAAUUUCGAAAAGAUUCCAUCUUCUUUGGGAAUCUAUUUUGACAAAGAGCUAAACGAUGACGAUAGUAAAGAAAGUCGCAUUGGCAGUGACAAAAAAGAUAAGAAAAAUAAGCAACGAGAGAGUAAAUCCAUCCAUAAAUUAUCAGUCGAAUCAGAAAUGAACAUCCAAAAGAAAAAGAAAUGA